AUGUCCUGCUGCAAGCCCUGUCACCCUUGCUACCAGCCCUGCGGCCCCUGCCCGCUGGCCAGCAGCUGCAAUGAGUGCUGUGUCAGGCAGUGCCAGGACUCCACUGUUGUCAUUAAGCCACCUGCUGUGGUGGUGACCCUGCCCGGCCCCAUCCUCAGCUCCUUCCCACAGAGCACCGUGGUGGGAUCUUCCACCUCUGCUGCUGUUGGCUGCAUCCUCAGCUGUGGUGGAGUGUCCAUCAGCUCCGGGGGCUUUGACCUCUCCUGCAUCACCACUCGCUAUGGUGGUAGCAGAUGUUCUCCCUGCUAA